AUGCUUUUGUGUAAAGGUAUUUCUUUAUCGACAGGCUUACCGUGUAAACGUCCUGUUGUUUCGGAAAAUUAUUGUUUUCAUCAUAAAACUCAGAUAAAUGGCGGAAGCCCGUUCGGUAUACCCUCUCCAACGCGAAAAAAUCAAUUAUCGCACAAUGGCGUGAGGAGUGAUAGCGAGGAUGUUAUUGACCUUUCUGUUUCAGAUUCACAUGAAAAAAGAUUUGGAGAAAUAUCCACAAAGUUAUCUACUCUGUCACUAAAUAGUCAAAAAGGAAAUGUCGAUAAAGUACAAAAAAGGUUGAAUAGCGAAUUAUCAAAAGAUUCUUCUACCACAGUGGUUAUGAUAAGUCUAGACAAUAACGUUAAAGUGCAUAUAACGCAAUCGAAGAGUCCUAAUAAACCUAAUGCCAAUACUGAUGUUUCAAUAUCAUCUGAAGAGGGAAAAAAUUUAAACAAAAUUCAUCGGUCCACUACUCCACCUCCACCAAUUCGCUUACCGAUAGAUUCCAGUCUUGCCAUACCGGACGAUAAUUUUAUAGAAACUAUCAACAAGGAUUCCGUGGCUAUCGUCGUCACCAACAAUAUCAAUGCAUACAGCAUUGCCACCGGUAAUCAAACGGCCACUGAAAAGGGUUCUGGCCGAAAAAUUAGAAAGGGAAAGGAGGAGAUUAUAGCACAAACUGAUGAAUAUGAAAGGAUCUUAUUUGUUCCUGGACGUUCUAAACUUGUUUGGGUAAAAUUUGAUG